AUUAUUUUGUGAAAGAUACAUCUGAAGCUCCUAGCAGUUCUGAUGAAAAAUCAGAACAGAGUCUGUUGGAGCAUCUGGUCAGCGCCCUGUUUUCUGCCCUGUACACAAACAAGAACAGUUGAAACUUUUCUGUGAAACAUGUGAUAGACUGACAUGUAGAGACUGUCAGCUAUUGGAACACAAAGAACAUAGGUAUCAAUUUUUGGAAGAAGCUUUUCAAAAUCAGAAGGGUGCAAUUGAGAAUCUGCUGGCUAAGCUACUUGAGAAGAAGAAUUAUGUCCAUUUUGCAGCUGCUCAGGUGCAGAAUAGGAUAAAAGAAGUAAAUGAGACUAACAAACGAGUAGAACAGGAAAUUAAAGUGGCCAUUUUCACCCUUAUCAAUGAAAUUAAUAAGAAAGGAAAAUCUCUCUUACAGCAGCUAGAGAAUGUUACGAAAGAAAGACAGAUGAAGUUACUACAGCAGCAGAACGACAUCACAGGCCUCUCCCGUCAAGUGAAGCAUGUUAUGAACUUUACAAACUGGGCAAUUGCAAGUGGCAGCAGCACAGCCCUACUCUAUAGCAAGCGACUGAUCACUUUUCAGUUGCGUCAUAUUUUGAAAGCACGAUGUGAUCCUGUCCCAGCUGCUAAUGGAGCAAUUCGUUUCCAUUGUGAUCCUACCUUCUGGGCAAAGAACGUAGUCAAUUUAGGUAAUCUAGUAAUCGAGAGUAAACCAGCUCCUGGUUAUACUCCGAAUGUUGUAGUUGGGCAAGUUCCUCCAGGGACAAACCACAUUAGUAAAACCCCUGGACAGAUUAACUUAGCACAGCUUCGGCUCCAGCACAUGCAACAACAAGUGUAUGCACAGAAACAUCAGCAGUUACAACAGAUGAGGAUGCAGCAGCCACCAGCACCUGUACCAACCACCACCACCACCACCCAGCAGCAUUCUAGACAGGCAGCCCCUCAGAUGUUACAACAACAGCCUCCACGAUUGAUCAGUGUGCAAACAAUGCAAAGAGGCAACAUGAACUGUGGCCCUUUUCAAGCCCAUCAGAUGAGACUGGCUCAGAAUGCUGCCAGAAUACCAGGGAUUCCCAGGCACGGCGGCCAUCAGUAUUCCAUGAUGCAGCCACACCUCCAAAGACAACAUUCAAACCCAGGGCAUGCUGGACCCUUCCCUGUUGUAUCGGUACACAACACCACAAUCAACCCCACGAGUCCUACUACGGCAACUAUGGCAAAUGCAAACCGAGGUCCCACCAGCCCAUCUGUUACAGCAAUAGAACUAAUCCCCUCAGUUACCAAUCCAGAAAACCUUCCAUCACUGCCAGAUAUUCCACCCAUACAGUUGGAAGAUGCUGGCUCAAGUAGUUUAGAUAAUCUACUAAGUAGAUACAUCUCAGGCAGUCACUUACCCCCACAGCCUACAAGCACCAUGAAUCCUUCCCCAGGACCCUCUGCCCUAUCUCCAGGAUCAUCAGGUUUAUCCAAUUCUCACACACCUGUGAGACCCCCUAGUACCUCCAGUACUGGCAGUCGAGGCAGCUGUGGGUCAUCAGGAAGAACUGCUGAGAAGUCAAGUCUUAGUUUCAAGUCUGAUCAAGUGAAGGUCAAGCAAGAACCUGGGACUGAAGAUGAAAUAUGUAGCUUUUCAGGAGCUGUGAAACAAGAAAAGACAGAAGAUGGUAGGAGAAGUGCUUGCAUGUUGAGCAGUCCUGAGAGUAGUUUGACACCGCCCCUCUCAACUAACCUACAUCUAGAGAGUGAGUUGGAUGCGUUAGCAAGCCUGGAAAACCACGUGAAAACUGAACCUACAGAUAUGAAUGAAAGCUGCAAACAGUCAGGGCUCAGCAGCCUUGUUAAUGGAAAGUCCUCAAUUCGAAGCCUCAUCCACAGAUCAGCAAGGGUUGGAGGAGAUGGCAACAGCAAAGAUGAUGAUCCAAAUGAAGAUUGGUGUGCUGUCUGCCAAAAUGGAGGGGAUCUCUUGUGCUGUGAAAAAUGUCCAAAGGUCUUUCAUCUAACUUGUCAUGUUCCAACACUUCUUAGCUUUCCAAGUGGGGAGUGGAUAUGCACAUUUUGUAGAGAUAUUGGGAAGCCAGAAGUUGAAUAUGAUUGUGAUAAUUUGCAACAUAGUAAGAAGGGGAAAACUGCACAGGGAUUAAGCCCCGUGGACCAAAGGAAAUGUGAACGUCUUCUGCUUUACCUCUAUUGCCAUGAAUUAAGUAUUGAAUUCCAAGAGCCUGUUCCUGCUUCGAUACCAAACUACUAUAAAAUUAUUAAGAAACCCAUGGAUUUAUCCACCGUGAAAAAGAAGCUGCAGAAAAAGCAUUCCCAACACUACCAAAUCCCAGACGACUUUGUGGCUGAUGUCCGUUUGAUUUUCAAGAACUGUGAAAGAUUUAAUGAGAUGAUGAAAGUUGUUCAAGUUUAUGCAGACACACAAGAGAUUAAUUUGAAGGCUGAUUCAGAAGUAGCUCAGGCAGGGAAAGCAGUUGCAUUGUACUUUGAAGAUAAACUCUCAGAGAUCUACUCAGACAGGACCUUCGCACCUUUGCCAGAGUUUGAGCAGGAAGAGGAUGAUGGUGAGGUAACUGAGGACUCUGAUGAAGACUUUAUACAGCCCCGCAGAAAACGCCUAAAGUCAGAUGAGAGACCAGUACAUAUAAAGUAAAAUGACAUGGAUUUAAAUCAGUUGUUUAAAAAAAAUGAAAAAGGAAAAACCAGAAAACUUUUAUUUAAGUGUUGCUGGAAUAUCCUGCUUGAAGAAGCUGAGAACUCCUACACAGGAUUAGAUUGAAAUAAUGGACAGAAAACACAUUCCUGUCAAGAAAGGGGGAGACAACUCCAUUUGCAACUUUAAAGUAAAAGCAAAAACGCAAAAGGGAAAUGAUUUGAGGAUUUCUGUUACUAAUGAGGAUGGUUCUUUGGUUCAGAAUAGCAAAUGUGAUCAUAUGGUAUUGAUUGGUGCAGGAUACUGGGUGUACAAGUAAAUUGUCCUUUUGGAUUAGGUCGCACAGUUACUAAAAACAAUUUUUAAGCCUCCCCCUCCACAUACAUAUAUAUGGGCUGUUUCUUAGUUUAAAAUAAUUCAGAGUAGCUCGGGUUUCACUUUACUGCUAGUGCAGAUGUGCAUUGAGUCAUGCCAUUAUAUUUUUUUCUAAUUUUGAUGAUAAUGGGUCUUACUUUUAAAUUCAUUUAAAGAAUUCCACAGUAGUUUUAUUUUCUACUCAUACUUAGAGUCUAGGAAACAUGACCCACUCAACUUCAGUGGUCUACUGAAAUAAAAAUGGUAACUUUUCAGUAGUAGGUCAUGUAGAGUUAGGGUAGUUAUUACCAGAAAACACUUCCACACACUUGCACUUCCCAAUCAGAUGAUCUGAUGAUAGUUAUUCCCAUAAAAGGCAGAAUGUUUGUUUCAGAAUUAAUCCAGUUUUCUGUACAUUUAAAUUUGAUUGAGAAGGUGACAGCUGGCUCUUUUCCAGUCUUCCUUCACAUCAGUUUUCUGAUAGACCACUAUUGGCAAACAGUUAUCUGUCAACUACCAAAUGUGUAAAAUUUUCUGUAUUUCACUUUGUCUUAUUUGUAAAUAGUGAACUAAAACUUCUGGCAGAUCAGCAACAUUUGCUGAGCCUGUUUUUUAAGCUAAUGUGUAUUCUUACUAAUGUUCCUAUCAAGAAUGGAUUUGUAAUAUAUGCUGUCUAUUUCUAAUGUUCGCAUUCAUAUUUUGAGGUUCUAUCUUAUUUUAAUAGAGAACAGACUUCUCAAAAAAUCUUCAGAAGCAGCUUAUUAUUGAAAUAUCAAACUAUUGAAAUAAACCCGGUGGGGUUAGAUUACUCAUCCGUCCACCAAGUGGGACAUUUGCCUAGACUAGGGGCUUAAGGACUUAGAAGAGACCUGUAAGGAAAUCCUGAAAAUGAGCCAAUCCCCACUUGAAUGGUUACUGGAGUAAACCCACCUUUACUGGCCUGAUCGUAGCACCCACGGCAGAUGAACCAACUUGGCUCUGGUUCAUUUUUCUUCUCUUCAUUUGUGAUGCUCAAAUUCAAGAUGUGUGAUUUAGAUGAUGUACAGGCUUCUCUUUUGUUGGAUUAAAAAUCUUCGUCCUACUUUUGUAUGGACACUUUAGAAUAUAAAGAGACCAAAAUAGAUGAAUUUGCCAUUAGAUAUUUUUCAGACGUCAGCAGAUUUGUGGCAAAUCAUUUGCCUUUUUAAAAAUUCAGUUUAAUCAUUUCAGAAGUAGACUAUUCAGAAAAUUAUUUGACAUAACUGUCUUAAGAAGUAAAUAUUUUUUAGUGCGUAUUAAAUCAAAUAAAGUGCUCUAAAGAAAUUAUUAUACAAAUUCUUUUGGGUUUUUCUUUUCUUAAGGUGUGGGGGUACAAAUAUGAUUCAGGCCUUCUGGUUGUGUUUAAAGAGUAUUGAUUUUAUUAUUGCUGUUGACUUAUUUUAUUCCCUGGCUUCCAUUUACCGUCUCUUUCAGUUUUCUUUUAAGUUAAGCUUUUAAAAAUAUACCAAAUCAUAACUCACUUUACUCAAAUUUUGAAAUUCCUAAAAAAGUUUUUUAAUAAGAGGGAAAAAUAAUUUUGAAAUACUUUUACCUAUGCCUGUUUCCCUCUUUUCCACAACAUCCAUGGUUUCAACUUAUAAGUAGACAUAUAUCUGAGGGCACAGUUUGGAAAGUGAGGAGUCGCAGUAUAACUUUGAGUUCUAACAUUUUAUAUUUGCUCUUCUUAUGAAUCUUUUUCCAAAAAAAUUUUAGGUAAUAAGUUACAAGUAGGUCCUCGAACAGUGGGGAGGAACAAAUUUUAAGUAAAUAUUUCUCAGUAUUCUGGCCUUAAGAGAUAAUGUAUUUAUUUAAAAUCGUUUCCAUGUUAGGUGGGGUUUUUGGUUUAUGUUUGUUUUAAUUUAUGGUUGGUUAAAGUAAUAAUUUAAAAAACACUUUAUUGCUGAUAUUUAAUUGGUUGCAUUUCUAUUGAUAAAAAAUAAUUCAUACUGCUGAGGAAUUGCUAGUAACAUAUCAACAAACCACCAUUGAACAAAGGUGUUUGCUUUAGAUUUCAGUAAGAGUUUUUUUCUUACACAUUGAUCAGUGUGCUUCUAAGCCAAUUUGUUUGGCUCUAAUAUAACUAUAGUUCAAAAGUUUAAAAAGUUUAAACUGAUAUCCAGAUAUCUUAUUUUCCUAUUAAUUUAAGUUUCAAAAAAACAAGUAUCUGUUAAUCCCUGAAGAUAACUUGUUUUGAUACUCUCUUACAUGGGUAUUCUCUGUUUAAAAGGUGAUAUUUUAGACAUGGAGGAAAGACUGUACAAUAAUGUUUUCUUGAAUGCUUUCAAAGUUUUUGCCAUGCUUCAAUUCUUACAUCAGAAAACUGAGAACACAGUGUUCUUUCAUCUGUUCUGACCUGAAUUUGUGCUUUCAGCACUUGACUCAGCUGAUUCACUUAGUGAAGAAAUUGCUUUACAAGGUAAAGCAUGGGAAAGUUACAAAGUAUGGUUAGAUUGUAGAUCAUGCUGUAUGUGGCGAUUUCAAAUCAGUACUACGGAGAAAUGAGAAAGGAUUGGAUCUCCUUUGAAAUUAUUCUUUUUGGAAUCAAUAAACUUGAUUUUGUUUCUUACAGAAGGGGAUUUUAGAUAAUUUUAAAUCUUGCUUUUUAUUAAAAUAAGUUUUGAGGUUUUUAGUUACUCCAAAGACAUGCUUUUAAAUAGAAGUAAAAGGUUUAUAGUGUGCAAAUUGUAGAUUUACCAAUUACCUCAGCAGGUACCCUGCCAUAUAAUUAUUAGUGAUUAGUGUUACUGAAUCAAUAGAUUGAGGUCUUCCAACUAUGCCCUUGGAUUAUGGCCCACUGUAUGUUACUAAAAAGGGAGUAGAUGCUGUCACUUCCUCCCCCUUGGCCUUUAUAUUCCAUACUCAUCCCUAUCCACAUGCAACACUGAGAUACAAAAACCUCAUUUCUUAUCAAAGUCAGCACGCUUAUUUGCAUAUUCAACCUUGGAUCAGUGAGUAGUUUCAUAAAAAUCCACACUCUCAAUUCCCUUAAUUAAAGCAAUCAGAUUUUUAAUACACACCAUGAAUUCUUAAUUUAUGCCAUCCAUAAUACUGAUCUGGUGAAGGUCAUUUGAGAUUUUAAAGUUGUAUAACCGUUCGAUUGUGUAUCAGAUCUGGAUGUUUCCUUUACUUUUGUUCUCAUAGUUAUCUCCUCCUCAAUAAAGCAAUAACACUGCUUUAAGUCUGUUGCCUAAUAGCACGUCAGAACCCUCUCCUGGAUGGCGAUUUUAUAGGAAAGUUUGUAUGCAUAUCACCCGAUCUAUCUUUUAAAAAUUAAGAAAUUUAAAUCUAUGCUGGAGGUAAUGACAAUAUAUUGUGGCAUUUUAUUUUAAAAAUUGGGGAAAGUUGCAUAUUUUUUUAAAUGUAGGUGUUUGAGUAAAAAAAAAAAACGAAGGUACUUUUUUAAGGAAAAAAAUUUAUAUGCCACAGUUUACAUAGAUAUUUCAGAGUUCAACAUGUACUCUUGAAUAUAAUGGUUUCUUUUACUUGGUCAAAAUGCAUGUAUAGCAUUUCUUUCAUUUUAGUUCCUUGUGUUUGCCUAUGUGGUCCUUUAUUUUUUAUUGUAUCUGAGAAACAAAAGUAUCUCCAAAAAUAAAUUAAUUUGGAUAUAUUUAUCAAACUGCAGAAUGUAAAAAAUUAAGUUUAGCCCUUUUCCAGCCAGUAAUCUUUAAAGCUAAAAACGCUAUUCUUUUAAAUUCACCAAAUUUAUAUGUGGGAAGGCACUAACAAGAUUUUGUAAGUGCCACUGCAAUAUUCCCUUUCAAGUGUGGCUUAAAUUUCAAUCUUAAGGAUGGAAUGCAUGUCUGCUCCUGGUCUGAAAAAUGUAGGCAUUUACUAUGUUUUAAAACACAGUGAAACAUGUACAUAAGCCUAUAAAAAAAAGAUUUGUGCAAUUUGCAAGCCUGUAAAUUUUUUAUGUAGACGCACCUACACGAGAAAGGGUUAAAUUCACAGCCUUACUAGUUCCUCAGUAUUUCGAUUGGUCUCCUGCGUUGUUAUUAUUAUUAUUAUUACUACUAUUACUAUUAUUUUUGCACAUAGUUAACUACCCUACAAUAUGAUUCUUAAAGAAAAAGUGCUGUUUCUGUGGUAUCGUAUUCUCUAAAUAAUCAUAUUUAAUUUUUUAAAACAAGAUUGCGGUUUCUAAUUGUUCUAUUCCUGUGUUUUUGCUGGUGUGUAAUAAAAGCAAGUUUUUUCUUUUCAAGGUUAUUUAAUACAUUAGCUGCCUGUAAAUAUUCUUGUUAUAUGCUCUGGAAUGUGUUGUAGAAGUUGUAUUAGAUUAGUUUAAACCCUUGUUUGAAAACCACAUUGUUUUGGUUAUUUCUAUUAAAUUAGAAAAUUGAAAAAGUUUUCAAA